GUACAUCUUUCUCAGUCGUGUGAACUCUCUCCUCCUGCUCAGUCGUUACCAAGGGUUUCUCCAGUAUAGUUUAGUGUAUCCGGAGAUAUUGAACCAACCUGAACCUUUAUGGUUUAGGCUAAUAGUUCAGGAACAUGUAUCAUUUGUUAAUUCUACUAUUAAUCAUUGUAAAUACUUUAGGAGAUGAAUCCGAUGGUAAAACUGUUGGGGUAGAGAUAUCGGGAUAUCAUAAUUAUACAGCCUUAGUUCAAGAGUUGGAUACAUUGGUUUCAUCAUAUCCGCAUAUUUCCAGACGAUAUAAUGUGGGUACAAGUGUCCGAGGGCGGGACCUGGCUGUGCUUCAAAUAGCUGGGGGCGUGGCUAGAGAACGCCCAAAGCUUCGGCCAAUGGUGAAACUCAUCGCUAAUAUGCAUGGUAACGAGGCAGUGGGAAGAGAAGUUCUUCUUGCGUUCUCCAGGUAUCUUGUUGAGAACUACGAAAGAAACUCUAGGAUCUCGUCUCUAAUUGACAACAUAGAUCUUCAUAUCCUUCCGUCCUUAAACCCAGACGGGUUCGAGAACAGCAACUUAAGUAUCCCGGAUGUAUGUGACGCUCACCAUCUUGGCUCCGGUAGACACAAUGCUAACGGAGUUGAUCUGAACCGAGCAUUCCCAACCUGGAACCAUGAGAACCUAUCCAGGAACCAGCUCAAGGAGAACAGGGAGCCUGAGGUUAUCUCCAUGAUAAACUGGAUCCUGGAGAAUCCGUUCCUGCUGUCAGCCAACCUCCAUGAUGGAGCUGUAGUGGCAAACUAUCCCUGGGAUGACAGCAAGGGAGAGGAGGGAGAGGAAUCCAAAACAGGCGAUGAUGCAACAUUCCGGGCUCUGGCGCAGUUAUAUGCAAACUCACAUGCAACAAUGCACCAGGGAGCUGGAUUAUGUCAUGAUGAUAAUUUUCCUGGUGGGAUAACUAACGGAGCUAAGUGGUAUAUAGUGGAGGGUGGGAUGCAGGACUUCAACUAUAUAUUUUCCAACUGUAUGGAGUUAACCCUGGAGCUCUCCUGCUGUAAAUACCCCUCACCUCAAGAUUUACAGAACCUUUGGGAGGAAAAUAGAGAAGCUCUGUUGAAGUAUGUAGAAGUGGGGUUGGGAGGUGUGCGUGGCAUGGUUCGUGAUCAAUCAGGUCAAGGGGUCGCAGCUGCGCUGGUCACCGUAGAAGGGAUCGACAAGAGUAUGACAAGCAGUUCAAGGGGGGAAUACUGGAGAAUACUAGCACCAGGAUUAUAUAGAAUAAUGGCAGAGAAAGAUGGAAGAAUUAGUGGUUGGUCUGAUUUUGAGAUUAAAUCUUUGACGAGCCGGGAUCCGGUUGUACUAGAUCUGGUUCUAGUCGGAGCUGAACCCUCACCGCGGAGCUGGGCGCCUGAGUUCCUCCCGUCCUCUCUUUGCGUAGUUUUUGCAAUUGUUCUUGCGAAUCUGUGAAGCAGCUUCAAAUGUCGUCUUGCGUAGAAACCUAGAUUAGAAAAUUUUAUUUAGUCACAAAUUUUUGCGAGAUCUCUAUUAAUUCUAUGUAAUGUAUCUAAUAUCUACACCUCACUAAUAAACUCACAUUUAGUAACAGA